UCUCCUAGCAACGCGGAAAUGGCAGCCCCCCCGCAGCAUUGCGCAUGCGCACAAAAUCCCGGCCCCAUGUGUUGUCUUUGCUACCGUCACGUCCGGCUCUUUUGGAUCUGUAUCCGGUCCGGGGUCACAGCCUCAGCUGUGCGGCUGCCGGAGGUAAUAAAAAUGUCAGCGCCAUCAAUGGAGGAAAGGAAGGCUUGCUGGGGAGCCAGGGAUGAAUACUGGAAAUGCUUAGAUGAAAAUAUGGAAGAUGCAUCUAGCUGUCAGAAGCUUAGAUGUUCUUUUGAAUCUAGGUGUCCACAGCAAUGGGUAAAAUACUUUGACAAAAGAAGAGACUUUUUAAAAUACAAAGAACAGCUUCAAGCAGGAGAAUAUCAGCCUCCUGGGACUACUGAAAAGUCAUAGCUACGCAUCAACUUAUUGAAACACAAUCAAUGAAAGAAUAAUCUUAUGGAAGAAAAGUACUGAAAUAUGACAAGAACUCCGAGUUAAAACUAACUGUAUUGUAUCUCUAGAAAUUCAUGCUGCUUUCCUUGUUGCAAUGUCUCGCUUUUAUGCGAGAACAGUAAUUAAACGAAAAAGACAGUGACUGUAAGUGUGUGUAUCCAAGAAAUAUGGUAUAUAAUUUUUCCUAUACCUGAUUUUUUUUAUCAUGUAACUAGGAUGAAAAGCAGUGUUUCCCAGAAAUUAAUGCACUGAAUUAUAAAUUUAUAUUUUAGGGAGAAUAUUAAACUGUUUUCAAACUUGACAAGUUUUUCUAUGCAUGAACUAACUUUUCUAAAAAGCUCCUGCAUCUUCCCUCCUUCUCUAUGAGGAUAAUGUGUCAGUGUAAGUGAGCAGGUAUACUCCAUGCUAAUUCUUUGAACAUUUUGUGAAUCAAAUUAAUUUCAGCUGUCUUACUGUAUGGCAAGAUUUUAGAUAAAGAUCAAGAGGUAUAAAUAA